ACAACAAUAGACCUGUUCAGUCUGCUGCGAACGGUUACUCGUGAAACAGUUGGGGAAAUUCAUGGGAAAGUGAAUAGGGAAAUCACUUUCCCUCCACUUUAUACAUACAUCUGCAUUUUGGGUGAAAGCACAUUAUGUACUCAAUCAAGCGGAUACACACAUAGAUGUGAUAUCUAUUUAUAUACACCAACAACUUUAAUCACAAUUUAUAUGGAUCUCGCAUUUCAUCAGAAAAUCAAGAUGGAUUUCUAUUGAAGAUAAUCCCACCAAAAUCUCUACAAAUUAUGUUUCAAUCCAUCAGAAUGGAAGUGAAUAAAGACGAACACUGUGUUCAAUAAUUUGUGAACCAUACAAACUGUAAACAAUGUAUAUAUAGUGCGUUAGGGAAAUAAAUCAAAUGGAUACAGUCUUGCGUUGAUCGGAUUUAAUGUGCAAAAUUUAUCGGGAUACAACAAACACAUAACGAGCAACUUUUUCAUUUUAAUCUGUUCCGUGCGUUUUCUCAUCCCUAAAAUACACCCAAGAGUAUUAAAAACAUAAAAAAAUGGUUUGAUAUCAAUAUGUGAAAUAUACAGGGACAAGAAAAUAGAAAAUGCUAAUAGUGGAAUAGCCGAGAGACAUUCAAGCACAACAAUCAGUGGAGAGAAAAUGAGUGAAGUGGGACCAUUUAACUCAUCAAAAAUAAUACUGUGGUCCCUGUCAUCGCUGGCAUCCACCAACAAACAGUCACAUCUGCUCGAUGCAAAUUCUUUUGAACACCCUUACAACGCGGCAAUAAAUAGCAGCAAAAUCAAUGAGAGCACCCUAUGGGCCACCACUUCAUCGGCCGCCACUGCAACAAGUACAUCGUCAAUUAUCACCACAUCGCCCACAUCAUCGGAAGCAUCGGGAACAUCGUCCUCGACAUCAGAUAACGUAGAUGAAAUUACAAACGCCAAGGAGUUGAAUAAUUACUGGGCCCUAUUGGCUUUAGUUCUGGUAUUCGGCACCGCGGCAGGAAAUAUAUUGGUUUGCCUCGCCAUUGCAUGGGAGCGUCGAUUGCAGAAUGUCACCAAUUACUUUCUCAUGUCGCUGGCCAUAACUGACCUCAUGGUGGCAAUUUUGGUCAUGCCGCUGGGAAUAUUAACAUUAGUUAGAGGAUACUUUCCUUUGCAGUCUGAACAUUGCUUGGCAUGGAUUUGCCUGGAUGUUCUCUUCUGUACAGCCAGUAUUAUGCACUUGUGCACAAUAUCUGUGGACAGAUAUUUAUCCCUGCGGUAUCCCAUGAGAUUCGGAAGGAACAAGACAAGAAGACGAGUCACACUCAAAAUUGUCUUCGUGUGGUUGCUGUCCAUCGCCAUGAGCUUACCACUUAGUUUAAUGUACUCUAAGAAUCACGCCUCUGUUCUUGUGGACGGCACUUGCCAAAUUCCGGAUCCAGUGUACAAAUUGGUCGGAUCCAUUGUGUGUUUUUACAUACCUCUUGGUGUAAUGCUUUUAACGUAUUGCCUAACUGUGAGAUUACUCGCCCGUCAGCGACAAAAUUUGGGUGGCGGUACAACCGGGAAUACAGGCUGGGCUAGUGGAUGGCUUGGACAAACACCUGCCUUAGAGAGACGCUGUACGUGGAGAAGAUUACUCAAGACGAGUCUCCCCUCAACACCAAAUCAUGCCCAUUCAGCAGCGUCAACAGACACUGAACUUUCCACUCUAGAUAAUCAUGAACUGUGGCUUCCGGACUCGAGCAUUCCCGAACCCACGCCAUCGACAAUGACAGCCCUUCAUCAAUUCGGGGCAGAGAUGCUUAAACUGUCCCGAGGAUUGGAAUCUGUGGGCUCAACCAUGAACAGAAGUGAGCAAAAAAGCAGCCAAAGUGUGGUGACCAAUGAAGAAAAAUUCACGAGAACCACAACGAACAGGUCAAUAGUUUUAAUAAAGAAAGACAAGGAGCCAAAAGAACCAUCCCAGCCUAAAGUGCGCAAAAGACGAGCAUCAGCAACAACAUGGACAACGCGGAAGUCGUCAAACGUGUCAUUUCCGCGAAAGCGCUUCAACAGUUUACCUCGCUGUUCACUUUUAAUGGAUGAUAAGAAGGAUUUCUAUGAAUUAUUCAUCAAAGAAAUUCAAGACAACAGAGAACGACGAAAAUCCCCGCGGAAAGCUCCAAAUAUCCAACAUUCAUCGCUCAGUGACGGAGCCGAACAGUCGGAGUGCAAUGAAACGGAACCCGAGGAGGACAAUGGUCAAGUAACCCACCUAAAACUACCGCCCCCAUGCACUUGUCCGUAUUUCGGCGACAAGCCACGACAUCAGCAACACCAUCUGAAGCCCACCGAAGUGAAAAUUAUUUCCACCUCUGUCAACUUUCGUUCCGCCACGACUCUCAGUGAGCCAAACAACAUCGACAUCGAUGCCAUCCAGACACUCAGCUCCAGUUCAGCCACUAUUCUCACGUCUACAUCAUCCACCAAGAGUCUCUCGACACUCCCCACAAUAUCAUCAUCCACGCCUCAGCGCAAGCUGAGCUACUCCAAGUCAAAUUCCAUCGUCACGUGGGAUUCAAGGAGAAAUCAGCGACGCGGCUCGAGUUUCGGCAGUUCAGGCACUCGCACAUCCUUGCUUCUGACACCCACGAAAAUCCCCAUCAGCGGCGCCAGUUCGCAGCUCAGGAGAUCCGCGACCCUGCGACAGGGCAGUCAUCUCAGUGACACCAUCAUCGACCGGAAGUCGCCCAAGAUUCCUUCGUCGCCGUGUCUGUUGCAGCGCACGGCCACCAUCCGAUCGCACCACUCGCGCAACUCUAGCGUCGUGUCGCGCAACUCAUCGCGGCACGGACGCAUCAUUCGCCUGGAGCAGAAGGCCACCAAAGUGCUCGGCGUGGUGUUCUUCACAUUCGUCAUCCUCUGGGCGCCCUUCUUCGUCCUCAACCUCCUGCCCACCGUGUGCGCCCACUGCGAGAGCAACAUCAGCCACUGGGUAUUCGACGUGGUCACAUGGCUCGGCUAUGCCAGCUCAAUGGUCAAUCCAAUCUUCUACACAAUCUUCAACAAGGUAUUCCGUCAGGCUUUCCGCAAGGUAUUACUGUGCCAAUAUAGCAAGACAAGCUGGCGACCUCACAGGUAGCAGCAAAAUGUCACAUCACCAAAAAGAUGUGCUAAGAUUAAAUAGACGUCUUUCCAUAAUUUAGACAUGAUUGAUUCAAAUGUGAUUAAUUGGUUGAUUGAUUGCUUCAACUACCUAAUUGUUCAACUAAUAAUUCCCCCAUUAUACACGCAAAUAAAUCAUAUGUUGUGUACAUAACAGAGGCUUCAAUUUUAUACACCACAUUUCACAAAAGCGUCUUCAUUGUCAAUUCAAUUCAAUCAACAAUUUGUUAAACUGCACAAUCCCUGAUUAAAUACCGCGAUUAAAUCUAACCUAGAACAAAAAUGUCAUGUUCUGUCUGACACGGUUAUAAAAUAUAGAUUUUGUUGAAAAUGUCACAUUUAACACCAUUGCAAAUGCAAUAGACAAACAAACAUGGAGAAUAUUGAACAUUGAAAGUCAAUUUGACUAUCCGAAAGCAAAAAAAAUGGUGUGCCAAAUCAAAUCAAUUUUUGCUGGAAACACGCGCGAUAUGUUUUCACUCCAUUAGUAAAAUCCACAUCUCUGAUAACUCAACCAAAAAUCAACUGUUUGCCUACCAGAGAAGUUUCCUAUCAACUAAAAUUUCUAGAUUUUUUUUCUUUUUAGGUUUUUCACCAAAUUAAAGUAUCACAAGUCAAUUCUUUAACACAUCAACUGAAGUUCAAUGAAACUAUACUAGAAAUCCAUUCUUAAUUGUAUUAUUAGUGUGUAUUUGAGAAAUAGAAUCAAAAAAUUAACGUAUCAAAUGCAAUUAAUUUAAUAAAAUCUUAAUGAGAUUAUGUAUGAUGGAGAAUUAACAAGAAAAGGUGCUACCAAAGAAAGGAUUAUAAAUCCAAAUUCAACCUUCACAAAAUAAUGCAAUUAUUCAUGAAAAGUAUAUAAAUAACGCUCAUGUAACACACAUUUAAACGAACCUCUCAUCCCCAAAAUAAAUAUGAAGAGCUUUCUAUGUAAGAUUAGAACAGUAUCACGUGAACAUGUCUCAUGAAAUACAAUUCAAAUCCCCACCCAUUUAGUGACAUUUAGAUCUUAGUACAAAAUGCCAAAAAGUGUAGAAACAUUUCGCAAAAUAAA